AUGGAAUUGCCGAAAAUUGAUCCAUACCUCACGGAAUCGGACCAAAUCCUCUUGAAAGACCUCUACCAAGACAUCAAGCAAACCAAUGCCUCCAGUCAAGACAUUACCUCAAAAUCCAACCCAGAAACCACCACAACAUCGGCCAUCACCCACCUCAAAGCCCUCAACGACCCCACCUCCCCCUCCUUCUCCCCCACAAUCUUCGUCUCCUGGGACACCACCUCCCUCCCCCUCAUCCUCCAAACGCACCUCAUCCACCCCUACGCCCGCUUCGCAACAACCAUCGUCCGCCAUCCCACCGACAUCGUCUUCCUAACCCACAUCCUCCUCUACCUCACCAUCCUCCUCCCCUCCGCCCUCUACCUCUUCCACGCCUUCACCUACCUCCACGCCACCGUCCACCUCAUCUUCACAAUCUGGUGCGCGGGGGGUUACACCCUCAUGCUGCACAACCACAUCCACAACAACGGCGUGCUCGCCUCGGCUUACAAAUGGCUGGACUUCUCUUUCCCUUACGUCCUCUCCCCGUUGUUGGGACAUACCUGGGACUCGUACUACUACCACCAUGUCAAACACCACCAUGUCGAAGGCAACGGACCGGACGAUUUAUCUUCCACGCUACGAUAUCAGCGGGACGAAGUAUGGGACUUUGCACAAUAUGUCGGUCGAUUCCUGUUUUUCGUAUGGUUGGAUCUCCCGCUCUACUUCCUCCGAAAGGGAAAGUACAACCUCGCGAUGCGCUCGUUCGGCAGUGAAAUGGCGAGUUUCGGGUUCAUGGCCAGUAUGUCAACAUUCUUCGACACCCGCGCCGCCAUCUUCACGUUGAUCCUCCCAUUCGUCGUCCUCCGCUUAGGUCUCAUGGUGGGAAACUGGGGUCAACACGCUCUCGUCGAUGAAGUCGAACCAGACUCCGACUACCGCUCUAGCAUCACCCUGAUCGACGUCGCCUCGAACCGCUUCUCCUUCAACGACGGCUACCACACCGCCCACCACCUCAACCCCCUCCGCCACUGGCGCGACCAACCCCUCCACUUCCUCUCUUCCAAGUCCACCUACGCUUCCAAUCACGCGCUGGUAUUCUCCGAUAUCGACUACAUUUUCCUCACGAUUACGUUGCUGUGGAAGGACUAUGAUACGUUGGCGAGAUGUCUCGUGCCGAUUGGAGAGGAGCAGAUUGCCUGGAGUCACGAGGAGAGAGUGCAGGUUUUGAGGAGGAAGACGAGGAGGUUUGGGGAGGAGGAGAUUGGGAGGAAGUUUCCGGGAAGGAAGUCGGGAAGGAAAGCCAAAGGGAAGAGAGUUGGGUUUGGGGGCUGGAUCGGGAAGUUGGAAGCUUGGGCGAAGAAGAUGGGUGCGCUGAGGGUUGGGGAGGGGGAGGGGAAGGGGGAAUGA